UCAAUCGUCUGCUUUGCCGGUGUUGAAAAUGAACUGGAUGGGAGGCUCUAGAAGUCGAAUACGAACGCAAAAUGAAAGGAAAUUACAGCGUGAAUUUUUUGAAAGAAAGAAAUUUGCAGAUAAAGUCCAAGUUUACAGAAGCAUUGGAGGAACUGGUAUAAGAAAACAUGGACUUGGUCAGGAUUUAAGAGCCUUUCAGACAGUUAAUGUAGCACAUUCACAUCAUAAAGUAGGAUGUGAUACAACAUCAAGACCAGUGAAAAAAGUCGAUUUGGAUGUUUUCAAGCCUGCAUUUUCUCGUAUGGUAGAAGAUAUUAAUCUUGGAACUGUAUCACCUACAUCAUCUGUUUCAAAAAUCAGUUUGAAUGAACCAAAGUACGAGACAAAGGAGGCAAAUGAAUUGUCAUCAUUUGUAAAACCAGAAAAUCAGAUUGAUAUGAAAACAAGUAAAUCUAGUGUGAAGUUUGAGCCAUAUUCUAGUCCAAAUCCAUACAAGUUUAAGAAGCCUGAGCCAAAGUUGAAAUUUCAGUUUAAAGAUUAUGACAGGAGUUUUCCUAACAAAUUUCAGCAUAAAGAUUUGGAACCUGAGACACCAAGGCUUGAAAGUUUUCAUGAAUCAUACAUGAGUGAAAAGAAUAGUUUUAAAUAUUCAUUAUUUAACACAGACAAUCAACAAAAUAUUAAUCAGAUCACAACCCCACACAAGCAUCUAUUAGAUAGGAAAAAUAAAAACUUGCACAAGGACUCUUCCAAUGACCUACCCAUUGCUCAGUUCGAUAAAUCUUUGUCUUCACAGAGGUCAAGUAAUGGACUGAAUGUAAAAUUCUGUGAAAGAACAACAGAAAUUCAUGUACCUUCAAAUUAUUCAAAAAGUAAACAUAAAAGAGCAUUUGAAAAGUAUGAUAAAAAUAUCUCACAAAAAUCUUCAGAAAAAAGAAUGUUUGUUUCUGAAGACUUCCAGAUAACACCUUUGAGGAAGUACCAGCAAGAGUCUGAAUCUCCACAGAGACCAAAUAACACCCAAAAAAGGCACAAGAGUUCCUUGAACGACAAGUCACCAAUAGACAUCCAUAAUAGAAUAUUCAGUUCCUCUGAUUUUAUAGAAACCCCGUUGAAGAGAAGAAAAUUUACUUUUCCACAUUCUACAUCACAGUUAUAUCCAAUAACAUCAACACCAUUACCAAAAAUGUCCACCAAAGCUUCUCCAGAUGUUAGAAGAAUGCUGAAAAAACAAUUGCACAUACCAGAUAUUGUGGAAGAUCAGAACAUUUCAUCACUGGUACUGGAAAAACCUGGUGGUUUGAAGUUAUAUCAUUUUCAAGAUCACAAAGAUACUGUUGCAUGUUCUGAAGCAUCAGGAAAGUCAAGGACUUCAGAUGAUUUGGAGAAUUGUUCACCAUGUGAAGCAACAGUUUUUCCAGAUGACCAAGUUAGAGAUUAUAGAAUUGAAAACACAGACAAGUGUAGAUUGGAUAGGGACUUGAUCGGAAUGAAGAUAGGUUUAAGGAGAAGUCCUGAAGAGUUAUCUGAUAGUACAGUCCAUCAAGGAAAAGAAGUAUAAAGGGAAAAGGCAGUACAGAUUCUCAGAUGGCUGAAGUGCUUGAAGAAUUAACAGAACUUGAAAAACAAGACGGUUCAGAAGACGUAUUUGAUAUAGAAGAGGCACUCAUAAAUGGAGA